UUCAGAGUGGAAAAGUUAAGACAUUCAUUUUUAACUUAUAUUUAAAAAUUUACAUUUAAAAAAUAAAUCAUAUAAAAUGGAUGAAAAAAAUAUAAACUGUACAUUUUUAGUAGUAGGUGGUGGUAUUGCAGGAGUGUCUUGUGUUGAAUGUAUAGGUUUUUUUGCUCCAGAAGAAGAAAUUAUCUUAAUUACAGCAAGUCCUUUGAUAAAAGCAGCUACAAAUAUAAUUCCACUUGGUAAAACAUUAAUGCAGUUUGAUAUAGAAGAAAAGGAUACAACAUUUUUGAUGAAAGCAUAUAAUUCAUUAAAAAUAUUUCAUGAUUUUGUAAUAAAAGUAAAUAGUCUAGAUAAACAAGUAGAAACCAAAAAUGGAAGAAUUAUAAAUUAUAAAAUGUUAUGUCUCUGUAAUGGUGCUAGGCCAAAGCUCAUAGAAGAACAUAAUAAUUUUAUUUUAGGGAUAAGAGACACAGAAUCAGUUUUUCAAUUUUCUCAAAAAAUAAAAAAUUCAAAAAGAAUUGUAAUAGUUGGAAAUGGUGGUAUCGCCUCAGAAAUUGUAAAUGAAGUAGAUGGUCUUGAAAUGAUAUGGGUAAUUAAGGAUAAACAUAUUUCUGCAACAUUUGUCGAUCCUGGAGCUGCAGAAUUUUUUAUGGAUAAAAUAAAUAAAACUGAUAUACCUAUAGAUACUAAUGUAAACUGUGCAACUAAAAGAAUGAGGUACACUGUCUCUAAUCCUUCAACUACAACAACUGGUGGACCAGCUUUAGGCCCAGAUUGGCAUAACAGUUUUGAUGUAAAAGGUGCUUUUCCUCAAUCUACAAAAGUACAAAUAGAAUAUGAAUGUGAGGUAAUUAAAAUUUUUAGUAAAUCAGAACAAAAAGAAUUGAGUCUUAUGGAAGAGUGGCCUAUAUAUGUUGAACUAACAAAUGGAAAGACUAUCGGUUGUGAUUUUAUUGUGUCAGCAACAGGUGUAAUACCAAAUUCUGACAUAAUAGGUUUAGAAGAUAUAAAAAAGGGAGAAGACGGGGGAUUACUAGUAGAUUGGAAGUUGGAAACUUCAAAACAAGAUAUAUAUGCUGCUGGAGAUGUGUGUACUGCAGGGUGGAACUUACCUAAACAUUGGUUUCAAAUGAGACUGUGGACUCAGGCACAUCAAAUGGGUCGAUAUGUAGCAAAAUCAAUGAUUUCUAAAUUAAAAAAUGAAGAGUUUCUACAGGAUUUCUGUUUUGAACUUUUUACUCAUGUAACUAAAUUUUUUGGUUACAAAGUAAUUUUACUUGGUUUAUUUAAUGGACAAAAAUUGGAUAACAAUUAUGAAAUAUUAUUACGAAUGACCAAAGGAAAGGAAUAUAUAAAACUUAUUCUAAAAGAUGGUAAAAUGCAAGGAGCAGUAUUAAUUGGAGAUACUGAUUUAGAAGAAAUGUGUGAAAAUUUAAUACUUAAUCAAUUGGAUUUAAGCAUCUAUGGAGAAGACUUAUUAAAUCCUGAUAUUGAUAUUGAAGAUUAUUUUGAUUAA